AUGAAAGGACGUCCGAGCAAUCAACUGGUUGAUUGCACCUUUAUUGGCCCGGAUUGCCAUCCAUCACAGGAUGUCAUGUCGGGCUCUUUUCUAGGUCUCGGUUCAGGACCACUUGAGAUCGCUAUAAAAGGGCUCUGUAUUCCACCAGAAACCAAUUCACUCGACAAUAGUGGCCACGAUGCGUGUCACAAUCUGCAAUUUGUUGGUUUUAUUUCUCUCCCUUGGGGCUCAAGGCUUACUCAGGUCCAUUAUGUUGGUGAAGUUGGAUUGGGCUCUCCAGCCCAGAAGUUCAACGUUCUCUUCGACACGGCAACUCCAGCUUUGUGGAUACCUUUCGAUAAAUUCAGAAGUACAGAAUCUUCAAGUUUUCAAAACUUGUCUGACUGUCAAGUUUCUAGGCCAUAUACAACUGGUCAUUUUAAUGCUCUGAACAAAAAAGAUGUCUUAGAGAUCGGAGGUGCAAGUGUAAAGGACCAAUCAUUCGAAUUGGUAACUGCCGGAUUUGAAGACAAGAUCUUCGACGGAAUCUUUGGUCUCGCAUACCCCAGUCCCUCACCCGUUUGUGGACCGGAAGUCAUCCCCGUACAGAACAUGGCAAAUCAAGGGAUCGCUCCAGCGGUCUUCUCCUUCCGCUACGAAACAGAUCCUUAUACUAAAACUCCUGAACACAUUGGUGACGUUAUAUUCGGUAUCGAUAAUGAAUACGUUGAUGAAGCUGCAUUGAAAUAUAUCACACUUUCUAAGAAAGCUAACUGGCAAAUUGCAGUCGAUAGAGUGAACACGUUGAACGGACUGGCUGUUUGUAAAGAAGGAUGCCAAGCAAUAAUUGACUCGGCUUCUCCCGUCAUUGCAGGCCCAAUUGAAGAAGUCAACCAGCUUUAUCAACACAUCACUGGUGGUUGUAGCUACCACAACGGCACAUACGAGAUCAAUUGCCAGAACGUAGAACAUCUGCCUAGCCUAAUUUUCACUAUCAAUGGCAUCGAUUACGAUCUCGAUGGAGAAGAUUACGUUUUGAGGUUCCCAACCAGGUUUGGUACUACUUGCAUAUCCACCCUUGUCGGGAUGGACCUGCCAGAAAAGACAUGGGUUCUCGGAGAUGCCUUCAUGAAGAGAUUCUACACCGUCUUCGAUCAAGAGAACGGCAGAGUUGCCUUUGGACAAAUGAAAAAUGAUUACUGGCAUUAAUAAACACUAAAGAAAUAAUAGAAUAAAUUGUAUCCAUUUUUUAUUCAUGAUUAUUUUUUUUUAUUUAUUUGUUUAUUUUAUUUGGUGGUAAUUAAAGAGGAGCGAAAAUGAAAUA